AUGGCCACGACAACGAUAAGGAUAGUACCAGCAAGCUGCCAGAAGGCGCCAACAAGUUUCAACGCGCCAUUGCAGCAUGGAGAGGUCGGGCUCCUCACCCUGCUUUCUGUCCCGUGCAUUGAUUUGUCCAGCACCAUCGCGAAAUUGGAUAGUACCGCCUCGGACUUGGUCGCUCAACAGCGGGAUUCCCUCGUGCAAAGAAAAGAUCUUGCCCAGAAGACCAAGGACUUCCGAAAACUAGAUGACUCCUCCAAAUUGGCAGAGUACAAAGGUCUCCUUAAAGCAUACCAGGGCUUCAUUGAUGUCUUGACAAACCAGGGAAAAGCCUCAUCCUCCGCAUUCCUUCAGUUAUACUCUACGUUAUCUGAGGCACCAGACCCUUAUCCAUUGCUGGAAGCAUCCAUCGACUCGCUGAUCCACUCGGAAGAAACCGUUCCCAAACUGACAUCGGAACGCGACCAGCUCCAAAGCUCUGUUGAUCGACUUACGUCUCAGCUAGAGGAGACUGAGAAGCGACUCCAGGAAGAACGCGCCUCAAGGAAGAAACUGGAGGAGACACAGGAAACAAAGAUCAAAGAGGUGGAAGCUUCAUGGUCAGCUGUGCUGUCGGAGAAGACGAACAAUUGGACGGCCAAGGAGAAGAGCUUGGAAGAAAAGGUGGAGAACCAAGACCGCCUGAUCAAGGAUCUCAAGGCGAACUACGAAGUGUCGCAACGAUUGGGCCAGGACAACGAGAGCGGCGACGGCUCCCAGAAUGCUGCUACCGCAGCCGAACUGGAGUUGGUGUCCGCCGAUCUGGAAAAGACCAGCCUCCGACUUGCUGAGGUGGAGGCACGGAACGAACAGCUGAGGCUUGAGCUGGCUCAGGCCGUAUCACAUUCGCAACCGGAACAGGCACCGUCGGUGGAGGAUGACCCCGCAUAUCUUCGUCUCCAGUCCGAGAAUUCAUCCCUCCUUCGCAAAUUGGACGCUGCACGAUUUGACCGGGAUUCUGAACGGCACAAGUGGGAGUCGAAGAUCUCCCAGUCGGAGAGACAAAUGUCGAAGCUCACUGCUGAACGCGAUGAGCUGCGAUCCAAGUUGGAGAAGUUGGCUGAUUAUGAAGAUAUCCGUCGGGAGCUAGAGAUGAUCAAGUCCAUUGAAUUUUCUGCUGGAGAUGAUGACGACGCUGCCGAUCUUACUGAGUCGGCUACCAAUGGCUCAGCCCAAUCAAAGGACGGCUCGAAGAACAAUACUCUGGAGCAACUCUUGCUGGCAAGGAACAAGAAGCUUACGGAUGAACUCACGAUUCUGCGAGUGUCGCACCGUGAUAUCCAGGGCCAGCUGGAAACCCUCCGGGAAGACCUCUCCACUACGAAAGAAGAGCUGGAGAAGUCACAGAAGCUUUCCACUACCCUCGAGAAUGAUUUACUUCGGGUACAGCAGGAAGCCGCAAAUGCAUUCCCAUCUUCAGCAAUGUCAGUCGCUGGCACCUACACCUCGAAGUAUCAUUCGUCCCGAAGGGGCGGCACAUCCCCAACAUCAUCUAUCAUCUCCGGAUUUGAUCAUUCCGGGGGAUCGCCUAACACCAUGGACUCCAUUAGGGCCGGCGAGCCCGUCGGUGGGGGCUCGGGGCUUUUGCCAAUGAUCCAGGCCCAGCGAGACCGCUUCAAGAAGAAGAACACGGAGCUGGAGGAGGAGCUAUCGAAGCUAUACGGUACCGUCAAGUCGCUCAGGCAGGAGGUUGCUUCGCUCCAGAAAGACAACCUUAGUCUAUAUGAAAAGACGCGGUAUGUGUCCACAUACAGUCGUGGACAGGGUCAGGGGGCAUCGUCGUCGUCCUCUGCGUAUGGUAACAAGCCGGGCUCCUCUGUGCACCCCUCCUCAGAUACACCAUCUGGGCUGUCUCUUGACCGAUACCAAUCUGCAUACGAAGCCCAACUCUCACCGUUUGCUGCUUUCCGUGGACGUGAGUCUGCACGCGCGUAUAAACGGAUGAGCUUGCCCGAGCGGGUUGUUUUCUCCCUCACUCGUAUCAUUCUGGCCAAUCGGACCAGCCGGAAUCUCUUCGCUGGCUAUUGCCUGGCUAUCCAUAUUCUCUUGUUCGCCAUGCUAUAUAUGAUGAGCACGAUGGAGAUUGAGAAACAUAGCAGUGCCACCUUGGGCGCAGCUGUCGCGGGCAUGGGCAGCGCGGCUGGCAGUGGCAGUGGUUACAGUGGGGGACAGCAACUACAUGGCGAUGAUUGGCAGCAAGAGGGGUUCAAUCAUGCCAGAUAG